AGAUGGCAACUAACGUCACUUGACAGUGAUAAACAGCUUGUUGGACUUUUAUUCUGAACGUUAGUGAGUCAAACCGGAUGCCUCGUCAUGCUGCUGUACUAACGGCUAGCAGCUAGUUGACUGUGAUUAACGGUGCAGAGCGGACGGAGAUCUUCAGCCGUCUCUCAUGCUGUUGCUCGGGUUAAGAAGAAGCUGCUAGAAGCUGCCCGUGCACGCGCACAGUCUCCAUGGCUACGGAAGAGUUCUACGAGGUGGAGCGGAUCGUGGACAAGAGGAAGAACAAGAAGGGGAAGGUGGAGUACCUGGUCAGGUGGAGAGGUUAUGGCUCAGAUGGAGACACCUGGGAGCCUGAGACUCACCUUUCCACCUGUAUGAUCUAUGUCCAUGACUUCAACCGCCGGUACGCCGAGUGGCAGAGGGACACCACCUUACUGCGCUCUACUCGCAGCUUCCCCAGCCACCGCUUUAGCCCCGCCCACAGGUUGCCCUGCAGGCCCCCGCCCUCCGCCACAGCCCGUGGUAACAUCAGCAGUGACAUCAUCGGAGGUUUACCUAGAGUAUAUGAUCAGGGUCAUGUGCCCCCCUCUGGACUGAAGCACCUGACCUCAGCCAGCUCGCAGCAGCGCUUCGGCAGUCUGCUGAUGUCGGCAUCUCCGGCCAGCACGCCCCGCCGCAGCGUGGACCUUUCCAAAACCGGCAUCAAGAUCCUGGUCCCAAAGAGUCCGAUGAACAGCCGCCUGGACUCCGAGAACUUUACCAGCGAGGUGGCUCACAUUCUGGAGGCGGGAGCUCAGGAGGCCCACCUGGUCCCACCCGAGGUCGCCUUGCUAGAGAAACCCGCCGGGGUCCAGCUCGGUCCUGGAGAGGAGAGAGCUCGCAUGGGGACCAGACCCCGUGGCCAGAACCCCCCGCCCCCGCCCCGAGUACCCGUCACACCCGCUGCAAUGCGCUUCCUCGACAGCACUGAUACCUCAGAUACAUCGAUGGAGGUUGUAGCUGCCAAUGGGAUGUCAGGUGGGCACACUGCUGUUACUGGGGCGACCAGUGCAACGGGGAAGCGCCGUCUAGAGGAACGCUCCGUUUUCGACAAACGUCUGAGGUUCAGUGUUCGACAAACGGAGAGCGCUUACCGUUACCGGGACAUUGUGGUGAAGAAACAAGACGGCUUCACUCACAUCCUGCUGUCAACCAAGAGCUCUGAGAACAACACGUUUAACCCUGAGGUGAUGAAGGAGAUCCAGAGUGCUAUGGCGACGGCAGCAUCAGAUGACAGUAAGCUGGUGUUACUUGGCGCCGUUGGCAGCGUCUUCUCUUGCGGCCUGGACUUCCUGUACUUCAUCAGGCGGCUGACGGAGGACAGGAAGAAGGAGAGCAUCAAGAUGGCUGAAACCAUCAGGACCUUCGUCAACACCUUCAUCCAGUUCAGAAAGCCGAUAGUGGCGGCAGUCAAUGGGCCUGCCCACGGCCUGGGUGCCGCCAUCCUGCCUCUCUGCGACGUGGUGUGGGCCAAUGAGAAGGCCUGGUUCCAGACGCCGUACGCCUCCUACGGCCAGACGCCGGACGCCUGCUCCUCCUUUACGUUCCCCCGCAUCAUGGGCCUCGCCUCGGCCAACGAGCUGCUGCUCAGCGGCAGGAAGUUGACAGCGCUGGAGGCGUGUUCUAAAGGGCUGGUGUCUCAGGUGCUGUGGCCGGGGACCUUUACACAGGAAGUGAUGCUGCGGAUCAAAGAGCUGGUGGCGGUCGACUCACAGGUUCUGCGCGAGUCCAAAGCCUUAAUGAGGAACACCAGCCGCAGUGCCCUGGAGCAAGCGAACGAGCGCGAGUGUGAAGCCCUGAAGAGGGUCUGGGGCUCGCUGCAGGGAACCGAUUCCAUCCUGCAGUACCUGCAGAGAAGCACAGAGUUCUGCUAGAACCUGGAUCAGCUCCUCCGACUCAGCAGAUUCUGAGCUGAACGGAAACGUUUCCUCCUUUUUGUUGUAAACAUUUAAGUUAUAAUUUUAUCAGAACAAUGAUGACACAUUUCUGUAUCCUCAUGUUCUCCUUCAAAAUCAGAUGUUUACUCACCUGGAAGGUUCCACGGGGUUCCAUCCAGGUUCCUCUGUUAAGCUAGGCUAGCAGUUCCCCCUGCUACCGGUGUUGGCGCUAAGCUAACAGCCCCGGACCCUCGUGUGAACUGCGUUAGGGUUACAGACAUGAAGCCGGAACAUCCGACAAUGCUGAGAACCAGAGUAUGAAAAAGAGGUGCCCUUUGACCUUCUGGCAGGAGGAAUGACACUGACCUCCAUUUUUGGAUCAGAUGUUUCAGACUCGGGUUUGAUGGUUUCUCCACUCAAAGAAGCCAUCCUUCACCCAGAUGCCUGUAGGGAGCGCUGAUGGACAGCUUUCAUGGGUGUGGCUUGUGCAUCAGAAUCUCAUCAGGUUAUUAAUCAAUUAAACGCAAUCAGUAAAUCUUUUAUUUCAUUUCAAAUGAAUUAAAGUGUUUGUCUACUUUGUAAA